GUCGAAUUGAAGUUCCAGCCACCGAAAUCAUGGAACGUCCGUACGCCUAGCGCCACGCUCAUUGACAAAGUCCGGGCAUUAACCAACGACACCAGGAGUAAGCAUGAGCGGGAUACGGCAGAGAGAGAGACAUUGGAACAAAUGUAG